AUGGACCCCAACAACCCCGGCUAUCCUCUGCAUCCGCAACCCCCUUAUCCCGUCACUUCGCAGAGUCCACCUGGCCAGCCAUUCCCUUACUAUCCGAACGCAAUGCCCUCCUUUCCUCAGCAGAAGACGCCUGCCCAUCUGCCGCACCAACAGCAGCAGCAGCCAGCCCUCGGCCUGCCUCUGCAACCCGGCCCUGGCGGUGCCGUCAUGCCCGCCGGCUUUCCCCAACAUUCGUCCGGACCCCACGCCAACUUCUCAGCGCCUCCGUUCGCCCAGCCACCUGUCCCGACCUCCAUGGGCCAGUUUCUUCCGCAAACCACCUCCGCUGCCAAUCUUCCUCCGACCGCUGCGCAAUCCUAUUCUCAGAACAUGGCUUCCGUGUCGGCGAAUAACAUGGCCGCCGCACAGCAACAAAGACCCGUCCCGCAACAGCAACAACAACAACAACAACAACAACAAACCCCGUCGCAACCGCCCUCGCAAGCUCCUCAGGGAGCCGCCGCCAGCGCAGCGUCCCCGACCCCCGCCGCGUCGGCACGCGAGAAGGCUCGCGUCGCCGCCCUCCUCGAUAUCAAUUCCAUGCUCCUACAAGAAGUAGUCAAUCUGCAAGCCGCCGGCAAGGCUGGGGGUCCGCCGACCAGCCAGGGUGGGCCAGACGGCCAGACCAACAACCCGUCGCCCACGUCGGAUCAGGCGGCCGACGCGACCAAGGGGCCGGCUCAAAAGCCCAGUCCCGAAUACCUCGAGUGCAUGCGGCGGUUGCAGGCCAAUCUAGCCUACCUGGCGACCGUGGCCGACCGAGCGAAGAAAUCCGGCGGCGUAGCUCCGCCCAACCCGGGUAUCAUGACGCCGCCGCCGCACAUGCCGUCCAUGAAUGACAUCUAUACCAAGCUCAGCGAACUGUUCCCACACACGGCGCACGGAACGCCGCAUCAAAGCCCGCAGCCCUCGCAGGGGAACGGCAAGCCUAGUCCGUCGCCGGCUACGGAUUCCGUUGUCUGA